AUGAAGAAACGUCGCAGCCUAUCUCUGAGAACAUCUGAGGCGACUGAUGAAACAGUCCAGAAAACUCAGAAAAUAGUGGCAGUGACAGGUGAGAAGCAAGUCGGUAACAUGGCUGGAGCUGUGUCGGAUUCUGGAUGGACAAAUGAAAGCCUUUUUGUUGAUUGGCUACACCACUUCAUUUCAUAUGCAAAGCCUUCAAAUCCAGUGUUGCUCAUAUUCGAUAACCAGGAAAGGCACAUUAGUCCUGACUUUACAGUUUUUUUGACUUUUGCACACGCCUCACAUAGACUCCAACCUUUGGACUUAACAUAUUUUGGCCUCAUCAAGACAGCAUACAACCGAGAAUGCGAGAAACACAUGGCAGAUCGAUUGUGA